CCGCUUUCGUGUUGCAUAGUAUCCAUUUUUUUCUGUUUUUGCGAACUGGCUCCGUGAAUAAAACAACUUUGAUCAGAUAAAAUUUAAAUGAGUGAUUGUGUGAAAUGUAAUUUACCACAAUGCAAAGAUAUGUUUUAUUCCUAAUUCUAAUCCACAUGCCAUUCAUUUUUUGGAUAGCAUACGCGCGGCCUAUACAGUCCAUACCUACUGAGACCGUUUCGAGCGAAAAUCCCGUUCCCAACUUCCCAUCUCUUAGUAUUUACCUGUGCGUAACGUAAGCAAUCAAUCGGUGAAGACUUUAGUUUCUUUUAUUCAACACAAAUUUCAUCACUUAUUAAAUUGCAUUAGUACUUCUAAGGAUAUCUGAUUGCCCCAAUUCCACAAUAUACUGCUAAUCUGAGAGCUAAUUUUAUUUUAUACCUGGCUAGGAUCCAAAAGCCGGGGUAUCACAAGACAAAAGUUCAGUAAGCUGUCAACGAAAAGGAGACUGUUAACCGUCAGUUAACGUAUAGCGGUAUAGGCCUACAUCAUCUUGUUUUCUGAAGCCGAAUUCACACAUUAUAUUAGUUCCAGAAUAUUGUAUGACAUGGGAUUAAUUUUAUCAUGGUUCCGGAAACCGAGCACAAAGGAAUUGCUCAGAGAAAUUCAGGAGGACCUGGACAGCAUUCAGGACCAACAACGUGAUGUGGAACUGCGCACACGUCGUGUUGGUCGAUAUGUUGUGUACAGCUUUGUACUUUACCUUCUAGUUGGUCUUUGCACAUACUGGUACUGGCUUCCUCGAACCUAUAAUGACUGGCUCAAGUUUUCCCUCCCCUUUGCUGCCUUCCCUCCACUAGUUAUGAUGGUCAAGAGACUUCUUCACUGGUAUUAUGCACGACAGCUGCGGAAUUCUAGAGGAAAGGUAGAGAGGCUAAAGAAAAGGAAGCAGGAUAUUCUAGAUCAAGUAAUGGAGACUGAGACUUACAAAGUUGCAAAGGAAAUUUUACAACAGUAUGCUCCAGAGCAGCUCACUCCAGUUAUGAAGAUGAACAUGGCUACUCCUAGCACCACCCUUACUCCUGUGUCAACUGUGCGACGCCGUGAAUCGGCCAUGGUUCGUCCGAUUACACCAGCUUCUGUGGUGCGUCCCUCAUUUCCUCAUCCUCAGGGCCCAGUCAUGAACAGACAAGGUGCGCCACUACCUCAUAUGGCUCAGGGCAGGGGAAUACAUGCCACACCCAUCCUGACACAGCCCGGACCCAGACAGCAGUUGUUCACGGCUGCCACUUCUGCAGGUGCCCAACAGACGCCCCUCAGAGCCCCCCUACUCACUCCUGCAGGCCGAGGCGGUGCACCGGGCGUGCCGAUGCCGCGACCGGUGGCGCCCCGGGAGCGCGGCGUGAUGGACCGCGUCAUCGACUACCUCAUGAAGGAGGGACCCACCAACAGCUACGCUCUCGUUUGCACUCAGUGCGAGAGCCACAACGGCAUGGCGCUUAAAGAUGAUUUCCCUUACAUGGCAUACCGGUGUGCGUACUGCCACUACUGGAAUCCUGCCCGCAAGCAGCGUCCGCCUCCACCGAGGUUGGAGCCUCUACAGCAGCCGCCACCACCGCCACCCGUCGUGUCCAGCAGCGAGUCUUCCUCCACUGACGAGGAAGUUGAUGACCACGCAGAACAAGUCGAAGGCGAAGAAAAGCAGUCGCCAGCUCUGAGAAGUGAUAGCGAACCUAAUAGCUCUGUGGCGCCGCAGCACACCAGUUGUAGUACAGACAGAGGAGAAGAGGCCGACCUGGCCAACAGUAAAGACGACCCUGUGUCCGAAGUUGUCGAGGAGCGGCAGGCCAAAACUACCGACGAUUCUCCUCCCAAAACUGAAGCAAAUUAAUCAUCGUCAUUUUAUCAUAUAUUACCAAUUGCAUAGUGAUAAUAGAAAUAUGUUGAUAAUCCAUUGUUGUACUGCGUUCGAGUUUUAUGUAAACCAACUGCUUUUUUUCGAUACUUCAGAAGAUUACUGAAAAGUAUGAGUUUCUCAGAACCAUAUGUUGAUUGAAUACUUAGACGGUUAUUAGACGUCUAAUUAAGAGCGUAAGUUACGCUGUGGUGCUAGCUAAUGCUCUCUGUCUCAUAAAUUUCUUGUAUCCUUUUAUAAAUGGUUUUAAUUUUUCCGAAGUUGCGCGACAUUUCGCCUGUGAUUCGUGUCGAAUUGCUAUAAGCCUUUCUUGUAUCAUGAAAUAUUUGGUGUUAAAUUUUCAUUUUCGUCAAAUCGAUAGAUUUUUAAACUGUACUUUGGCUUUGCUAACAUCAAAAUCAUGCCGUUCGGAAAGAAGCUUAUGGAGUGAGUAAUGUAUCUCUUGUUAGGCAGUUCGCCGUUCGUUUACGCUUCUCCACUGUAAAUAUUGUUCAAGCAUUUGUACCUGUUCGAUUUUUCAUGCCACCUGUAGAUAUUAGUGUAAAAAAGUGUGUGAACUGGUCCCAGGCAUGUAGGUUUUCUAUUGUACAGAUAAGCGUUGUAUGAGAGUUACUUUAUACUUUCAUUGCCCAUAGUCACCUCAGGUUCAAAGUUUUCGCGAUCUUUAUCAUUCAGUACCUAAUAUUUGCCUCUGUUGGAAUUGCGUCGUUUUCAGUUUGCCCUGUUCUCAACUGAAAAAUACUUUGGAAUUAUUUGUAGUCUUGGCUUUGUACGCUUUAAAUUCUUGUGGUGUGAAAGCAGAGGCGCAGUAGUUUGCGGAAAUGAAUUAAAUGGUUAAGGGAGUUUUACAAAUUUCACGGUUGGCUUAGACUGUGAACUCUUACUUAUUAGUGUAGGUUUUAAAGGUUCAUUAUGUGUUAAUUUACUCCGCAAGAUGCUUUGGCUCAAGUGAAUAACAAUAACUGACUUCUUUUAAAAAUAUUCCGAUUCAAUCUACUUUUAAACAUUCUUGCAUAUAAUAUCUUCCACGAGCGAUACAAUUUGCAUCGGUCAAAUAUGUUCACUAAAAGAAGUUCUUAUUUAAUCAGGGAGAUGCUUGACUCGAACACGAGUCAAGCAUCUCCCUUGUUAAUGUAGAUUCCAUUCUUUAGAAAUGAGUUGUCAUGACAUUUGGAUUGUUAGUCGUCGCUUGUCGCAUGUAAUUACGCUCGCUUCUUUAAUACGAGCCUUCAUAUCACCGCUUCCUUACUCUUAAUUGUGUGCCAAUUCUCACGUAAUUUAAUUCAGUAUAAUUUGAAAGCCAAGUUCAUUUUACGGCUUCUUUAUUGCAGGUUUAGUACAUUUCAGAAAAAAUGAUUUUCCUUAUCAUUAUUGUUGUAUUGUAUUUUUUGUAUCACGACGAUCAUUAUUGUAUCACGACGUGACGCUUGAGCGCUUUUCAGCUAUUGCUUUUGUAGCGUUGAUGCCACGCCGCCAAACCUCGGCUGUAUUUAGUUAUGAAAGAAAUUAAAGCGAUUACUCUCUUCGGUACAAAUCGGCUCGUAAAAUCAUGCUUACGUAAGACAGUUAUGUUGAUUAUUCUAGUCGAGAACGUUGUACCCCACAAAUUCUCCUAGUUUACGUUCGUUAAUAAAGCGGCGCAAAGUUCA